AUGCGUGAUAAUUACAAAAUGCGUGUUAUCAAGGUAUAUCAAAUGUUGGCUCCAUUAUCCACUGACCGAGUAGUACAGAUGGUUGCUGACCCAGACAAUGUCGUCCAAUGCUUAAGAGCUGUGAUAGAGGAGGUCGAGUCUUCUCCCCAUCGUGGCCGCCGUGAAGACUAUGACGCUGCCAACUUCAGUGAGGGUGAUGCUCUUAACUACGGUGGUUGGUUGUCUCGAGAAGCUGCAACAGCACUGGCUCAAAGGAUGCCACUUCGUGGACCUGGAUGCAUGCCAACAUUGGGUUAUAACAUGGGUGGUCCGGACAUGAUGGGUGGUGGUGACAUGGGGUCGAUGGGUGGCGGAAUGGGCCUCAUGGGUGGAGGAAUGUGUCCUAUGGGCGGUGGACCGAUUCCCGGAGGUCGUGGUCGAGGUCCUAGUCCCGGCGGUGGAAUGAUGGGCGUAAGUGCACCUCCUGCGCAAGGUCAACGAG